AUGGGCCUCUCCACCGGGCGGUCGGAGUGGAAGGCCACGGGAUGGACAUGGCAUCGGACCGUUCUCCAUCGGGCACCGAGAGACGCGCAUUCGUGGUUGCGCGGCUUUUCAACGGUUGAGGACGUGUCGCCCGGUUGCGACCCUUCACCGGGCGAAGACAUGUUUUGGACUCUUGGUGAGCUGGGCCUGGUUGCUUUCGGUGAGAGCAGGCGGCUCUAG